AUGGCCAGAUUCGGAAAAAAGCGACGCGCGAGCUCGGUUGAAGAUGGAGACGAAAUGGAAGAGCCAAUGACCAGCGCGUCAAAGAAAACGAAGAGCAACGCCGCUGGUGCACCGGCAUCGGGCAAGGAUGAUGAAGGCAAUCCUUUCUGGGAGCUCUCGAACAAGCGUCGCGUCGGCAUCUCGGAAUUCAAGAAGAUGUGCUUUAUCAAUGUCCGAGAAUUCUAUGAAAAGGAUGGCAAAAAUCUCCCGGGAAAGAAGGUAGGCAAUUCUACGAUAUAUCCAUUUUUGUGCAUCAAUGGUCCAAGCAGAGCGCUAAUGGAUGUCCAGGGGAUUUCGCUGUCUGUUGAGCAAUACGCCGCAUUCCUCAAGGCCGUGCCCGGCAUCAACGCUGCCCUCCGCGAGCUCGGGCACCCCGUGGACGAUCUAGACGAGAGCGCCGAACAUGUAAAGGUGUCCAAAGAAUCGAAAGCAAAGGCCAAGGCUGCCAAGACCAACUUUGAGGCCACCAGCGACGAAGAUAAUGCUGAUUAA